AUGAAAAACUAUUUCAAUGUAUUACAAGAUGACGAUGAAGAUGAAUUCGUAAUGGUCGAAAGUGAUUCUACCAACAAGUCGAAUGAAAAACCUGUAAAGAAAGAAGAUUCAGAAAAUGGUGGUGAUUUGGAGGAAGGUGAGAUCGUAGAGGAUCAAGUCGUACCAAAUGUUACUAGUACACAUAAUAAUAAAAAACAACAUCAAGGACAUGGACAUGAAUUGGAAGAUGGUGAAAUCGUAGAGAACCAGAAAUCCAAUCAUAAGAAAUCUGCUCUGCAACUCAAUAAGCAACCACAAUACUCGAUCGAUUUGCAAUUCGAUUUUUCGAGCACCGAAUUCUCAGAGUUGGACCAAACCAAGUCGUUCAAUGACACCUGGGUACUCUGGUACGAUAAUACCAAGAAAGCAAAGACUCAACAAACCCCUCAACAACCAGCUCAACCAGAUGAAAACAGUUUAUAUCUUCAAAGUUUAAAUAGAGUUGGAACUUUUAAUAAUAUUCAAACAUUAAUGCAAUUAUGGUCAUCAUUGACAUCACCAAUGGAUACAAAUAUCAGUAUUUUCAAAGACGGUAUUGAACCAGCAUGGGAGAGUGCAAAGAAUAAGGAUGGUGGUAAAUACUCUGUUAAUUAUAUUCUUAAAGAUAAUAUUGAAUAUGCUAAAGUAUUAAAUAGUUGGUUUACAUUGGUAACUUCAAUUGUAUUUGCUUCACAAUGGGAGAAUUAUGAUCAAACCAAUGGUAUCGUUAUAUCAUUUAGAAGUUGGGGUCUAAGUAUCAGUCUUUGGAAUAGUGACUCUGAGAAUCAAGAGAAAGUCAACAGUCUAAGAGAUGCCUUACAGAAUCUAUUAAAGGUUAAAUACACAAAAUAUUCAUCACAUAAUAACACCAUAUUAUUGAAAACAUUUAAAAAGAAUGAUGAAAAGAAGAAAAAGAUGAACUUUAAAUUCCAAAAGAAUAAUAAUGGUGGUAACUCUAUUGGUUCUGGAAAUAACAAUAAUAAUAAUGGUGGUUUCGAUAACUACAACAAUCAAUACUCUGGAAAUAAUAGUAUUACCAACAACAGUCAGUCAUGGAGUGAUCAGACCGACGGUAAUGACGGUAUCAAUGUUUUCGCUUCGGCUUUCGGAAAGUCUGGAUACAACAUGCAAAACAAUGGUGGUAAUGCCAAUAAUAGCAACAACGGUAGCUGGACAUCACAACUCAGAAAGAUUAAACCAUUGACUUUGGGAAGUUAUCAACCAAAUCAACAAGGUCAACAACAACAACAAGCUCAACAACAACAACAACAACAACCACAAACUGUUAUUGUUAACAAUUCUUCAUCUGAACCAGCUGUUCCAGUACCUGAAAUUCCAGUCGGUAUGAAUGCAUGGGCAACCGGUAUCCUCCUUGGAAAAGAACCAACUCCAUUGCAAACUCCAUACGUUGCAAAGAAGUCCGCUGAUUCAAUUCCAGUAGUUGAAGAGCAACAAGAACAACAAGAACAACAACAACAGCCACCAGCUCAACAAGAACAACAACAAGUUGAAGAAAAGAAGGUUGCCGUACCAACUAUUCCACCAUCGGUAAAUGCAUGGUCAACCGGAUUGUUAUUACCAAAAUCACCUUCUGUCAACAAUAUUGUUGAGACUACUGCUACUUCCAGUGAGGACACUACACCAGAAUCUGUUACUCCAACUACCACCGCCACUAAAGAGAAGAAAGAAAAGAAGGAAAAGAAAGAGAAAUCUUCAGAGCAACAACAACAACAACAAUCAAAGAAACCAGAUACAGCUGCUGUUAAUGCUUGGUCAACUGGAUUGUUGCUGCCAAAGGAAGUCGAACAACCAAAGGUAGAGAAGAAAGAGAAAGAACAACCACAACAACCACAACAACAACAACAAAAGGUAGAGAAACAAGAAAAGAAGAGACAAUUGAAGGUAUCAGAUGAGAAAGUUAAUGAGACAAACUUCUGGGAAUCAAAUCCAACUACUACCACUGCUGCUGCUAACGUUGCCUCUAAAGACGAGUCACCAAAGACUGUUGCUGCUGCUUCUACCUCUGCACCACAACCCGAGCAAUCAAGAGAGAGAAAGAGACAAGCAAGACACGCUACCACCUCACCAGUUGUUAAUGCACCACCCGUAUCUCUAUGGGAGCAAAAAGACAAUGUCUUGAAGUUGAUGGAAACCAUUGCCAUUGAACAACCGACUGUUGUUGUUGCUGCUGCCGUCACCAGUGUAGAGACCACCGAGACCAAAGAAGAAUCAACAAGAUUGACACUCCAGAUUAAACCACAAGACAAGAAGGCAAAGGUACAAGAGAUUCAACCGGUUGCAGCAACAGCUGAAUGGACAUCAGUAGAAGAGAAGAAACCAAAGAAAGAAAGAAAAGAAGAUGAUGAUAACAAUAGCAGUAAUAAUAAUAAUAAUAAGAAGAACAGUUAUAAUAAUAAUAAUAAGAAAGAAGAAAAGACAUCGUUAAUUCAUGCUUUAUUGGUUGAAGAACCAAUUGAAUAUAAGACACCAGUUAAACCUAAAUCAUCAUCAUCAUCUACAACAUCAUCAGUCACCACAACCAAUGUAUCUAACAACAACAAUAACAAUAAGAAAGAUAAAUCAAAUAGUAGUAGUAAUAAGACUAAAGUUAGCAAACCAACCACACCUGUUACAACCACAAAGCAAAUCACAAAGAAAUCAACAAACAAUAACAAUUCAUUUGAUAUCAAAUUGGUCGGUGCUGGUGCUGUCAUUUUAGUAUUAAUACUUGCAAUCCUCUUUAAAUUCAUUCUCAAUUGA